AUGGAUGUGUUGUUGUAUGACAUGAAGUGUGAAGCUCCGUGGGGUAUGCUUUUGGCAGAUGAUAUUGUGCUAUGUGAACUUUCCCAAACCAAGGCUGAGGAGAAACUGGAAGAUCAGAGGAAAGUUUUGAAAGAAAGGGACAUGAUGAUUAGAAGAACUAAAACAGCUUAUAUGACUCUGAAUGGUAGAGACGAGUGUAAUAUUAAAAUAAAAAGUGUGCUGCUCCCUUUAGUUCUGAGUUUUAAAUAUCUUGGGUCAUUUGUUGAGAUGGGAGGAGGAUUGAACUCAGAGAUGCAGCAUAGAAAGCAUAGAAUUCAAUGUGGAUGGAUGAACUGGAGGAAGCUAAGCGGUGUGCUAUGCAACAAGAAAGUUAGCUACAAUCUGAAAGGAAAAUUGUAUAAAUCAGUUGUUAGACCUGCAAUGUUAUAUGGAGCUGAGACAUGGGCAAGAACAAAAGUCCAAGAAAGAAAAAUGGAGGUGGUGAAGAUAAGAAUGUUGAGAUGGAUGUGUGAAGUGUCAAGGAAGAAUAGAAUAAGGAAUGAUUUUAUUAGAGGUUAUGUUACGGUGGGUCCCUUGAGCAAAAAGAUGCAAGAAUGUAGGUUGAGGUGGUUUGGCCAUGAAGAGUGA